UAUUUACACAAUUGCAGUCGGAAAGAACAGUGCUCCUCGCGCGUUUUCUCCUGGAAAAUUACGAGAUUUUGCUGAUAAAAUUACAACCACCGGUCAAUGCAUCGAGCGAAAAAUGUCGAAACGUAGAAAGAUCUCUAACGUAGAGGAGCACGAUGUUGGAUCCUCGUCCGAACACCAUGGGAAUGGUGAAAGGCUUCUCUCAAAAUGCUGCAUCUGCUCCAAACAUCCGAAGGGAGGUUUGCUCGAGCUUUGUACAAGUGUGGAAAGCGGCCUAACAAUUGCCACCAUCGUCGAGCAGGUGGCCGGCAUUAAGGUAAAACACGUCCAGAAAAGCAUUUGCAAUGCUUGCUGGACAAAGAUACAGGCGGCCUACACCAUACAGAAGGAAAUCCGAGGCUCAGAAUGUAUAGAAGAGCAGGACGUGCAGGAUGAUUAUGAGAUCGACGAUCCGCUCGAUGCGAAGGCUGAAUUGCACACAAGAGAAGUCGACGACUACGAUGAGGAACAUCUGGAAAACGAGGAUGUAUUCGUCAAGCAGGAAGCUGUACUGCCCGAUGAAGAGUACCUGAUCGAAUAUCUCGAAGAACAUGUGUAUGAUAACGAUGAAGAACAGACACAGCCAGCGCAUGGCGACGACACGGACAUUGCGAUCGAAAUAUCUGCCACUGACAAGUACGAGGAACCGAGCGAGGAGUAUGGUAAAGUGACGCGCGUGUUUAAAAUGCCCGACACAGCAACGAUCGUGAGCAUUGCGAUGCAUGAGCAGUACCGCGUGGUUGAGGUAACGGGGGAACGGUGCUGCGGCUGCAGCUUCGUGGCUCAAACACGCAAGGAACUGCUGCAACAUUCGGAAACGGUCCACUGCGUCGAAAUUACCGACCACGGGGACUAUUGUCCGAUUUGUUUCUACAAGUUUGCGUCCGAUCAGCAGCUCGAGAGACACAUCCAAGAGUUUAAGCUGAACAAAAUGUUUGUCUGCUUGCGUUGCAACCGUUUCUUCAACGUGCGUGGCCAGCUGUUCGAGCAUAUGGAGCGCUGCAGAGAAGCCGGUGAGAUGUCAGCAAUGGAAAACGAUCCGGAAAGAAAAGCGGUAACGAUUGAACGUAUCCAGGAGGACGAUACUGAAUGUGAAGAGUAUUAUGAACAGCAGGAAGCCGACGCAGAAGAGGAACACGCGCUACCACAACGGGACGGUCACACACAAAACGCAUCGGAUCCGCGUGUGAUGCACCGUUACAAAGCUCUGUUCGAGGAGAUACUGUCGAACGAAGAGCUAUCAAGCCCCCUAACCGAAUCGGACCUCAAUGUUCAGGAAACGCAAAUAACGGCCCAGCAUGUGUUCGAAACGUUCAAGUACGUUCGGUUACGAGGAUUGCGUUGUUGUGGCUGCUCCUACACAUGCUACUCGAGCGAUCUAUUGCUAGAGCACGGAAAAACAAGUCACCCUAUGGAAGCCGCCGCCGCCGCCUCCAGCUAUCCAUCGUGCCAGCUGUGCUGGACCCGUUUCCCCAACGAAACGGAGCUUGUGAAGCAUUUGUGCUUUUUCUCCACCAAACAGCUAUUCUUCUGCACGGUUUGCGACGAGUCGUUCCUGAACCACGAAAGCUUGCGGCACCAUCAGCUGCGCAACGAGCUGCACCGGGAGCAGGUGCACCAGAGAUUCCAGGAGGCCGGAAUCGAAAUGCUCGAACCAGCGGAACCGUUCGUCGAGCUUGAUCAACCAUCGAUCGUUGACGAGCUGGGGAAACUGUUGGCCGAAAAGGUCACGUACCGGCCGAAGGCGAUACGCUGCAUUCCGAUGCCGUCUGAACAGUUCAUUAAGAGCAAGGUGGAGUACAACAACUACAGCACACUUACCGUCGAGGGUGAAUAUUGCUGUGGAUGUGCGCGCUUCUUCGCCACGCUCGCCGAACUGCGGGUACACGCCCGAACGGAGCACUAUCUACCGCGCGAUUCGAGUGCCCGCAUUUUUGGCCAUCAGUGCGAGUUCUGCUUCGCCGUUUUCGAUUUUGAGCGAGGCCUUUUCAUGCACCACGUUUCGCGACGCACGAAGGUAAAGACGCUGUACGAGUGCAAGCUUUGCGGGAUGCUGUUUUCGAAGAAGUUUUGUCUCGCCCGGCACAUGCAAUCGGCACCGAACCAUCUUUCGCGGUUAAUUGUGGACGCGAGCAUGAAUGCGGAUCGGGAGGAGGAGCGAGAGGAAGACUCCGAAGCAUCCAAUAGUGGUGCCCCAGUCGAGGGGAUUGAGUCCGAUCCACGGGUGCUGGAAGCGUUACAGCUGCACCGAUCGGUUGAAGAGAAGGGACUGGAAAAGGUUGGCCAUCUCGUGUGGUACCACUGCUGCUUUCCCAAAUGCCCGGAAACGUUUACCAGCGAAGAGGCACUGCUGGCCCACGCACAGGACGAACAUAACGGGCAGCGGCGAGAAAACUCGAACGAACGCAAGGAAGACACGAACGCGUGUCCUGCCUGCUGCAAAUCAUUCCAAACCCUUGCCAAGCUGAUGUGGCAUCGGGUGAAACGGUUCGUGCCGCGCAAAUACCCCUGCAAACAGUGUGAUAAAAUAUUUGACAAAUGGUUGAAGCUCAAGAUGCAUGUGGAGCUCGAACACAGCGAAAAGCCGCCCAGCUUCCCGUGUCCCCAAUGUGACAAAACGUUCGUCGUACGGUCCCGGCUGAAAGCUCAUCUGCAAACGCACAGCGAGCGGAAGGAUCAUGCGUGCGAUGUGUGCGGCGCCUCGUUCCACAACAAAGGGCUGUUGAAGCGUCACCGACGUGCCCUUCACUCCACCGAGCUGCUGUUCGAAUGUAAGCACUGCUCGAAGAAGUUUGCCGUGGUGGAAAAGCUUAAAAUUCAUCAACGCGUUCAUACGGGCGAGCGACCGUUCGAGUGUACGUUUUGCCCUCGAACUUUUCUACACUUUUCCGACCGGAAGCGGCAUGAGAUGGCUACGCACACGGGCGAACGGCCGUUCAAAUGUAAGCUCUGUCCGGCGUCUUACAUUCGAAAUCGGGAGCUGAAUUUGCACAUGCAAAAGCACCGACUGGAUAGUGGCGGGAAAAAGUUCACUAAGCAGUAGCGCCCCUGUUUGGGGUUGUUAAGAACACAUUAUAGGUAAAUAAAAAUUAUUUAAUGGAUGCAUAAGCUGUACACCAAAA